UGCCGCCAUCUUGGGGGCCCAAGGGGGAGGCAACGGGAAAGGGCUCACGCACGCCGCGAGCCGUUGCCGGGCUUCCGCUUCCGGUGGCGGUGUCGGGACAGGCAGGGUCGGGGCCGAUGCGGGUCUGACGGCCGAGCGCGACCAUGGCUCACCCCGCCUUACGAAAGGUGGCCAUGGUGUCGGGCUUCGUGCUGUGUGUCUCCCUGCUGCUGCCCAAGGCCUUCCUGUCCUGCGGGAGGAGGCCGGAGCCGUCCUCGGGAAAGAUGGGUCGAUUUCCACCAAUGAUGCACCACCAAAUGCCUUCAGAUGGCCCAACUGCAGGCACCCAUUUCCCCAGAUCUCACCUUGCAGAGACAAUUGCAAAAACCAAAGGAUCUGGUGGCAGUGUAGGAGGUAGUGGUGGAAGAGGCCUUAUGGGCCAGAUUAUUCCCAUCUAUGGUUUUGGAAUUCUUCUCUACAUCUUAUACAUUCUGUUUAAGCUCUCUUCCAAGGGGAAAACCACUGCAGAAGAACGGAGAUCUACCACUGCUUUACAUGGAAAUCCAAACAGGAAGAUCACCAAUUAUGAACUUGCUCAGCUACAAGAGAAACUGAGGGAAACAGAAGAAGCCAUGGAAAAGUUAAUCAACCGAGUGGGACCAAACUGUGAGAGGGCACAGAAUGUGACUUCGGACCAGGAAAAACGGUUAUUGCAGCAACUCCGAGAAAUCACCAGGGUCAUGAAGGAGGGAAAACUCCUCGACAGCCCCUCUCCCGAGAAAGAAGCUGAGGAAGCUCCUUACAUGGAGGACUGGGAAGGCUACCCAGAAGAGACCUAUCCCAUUUAUGACCUUUCAGACUGUGUCAAGCAAAGGCCAGAUACAAUCCUAGUGGACUACCCCGACUUGAACCAAGCCUCUGCUGAAGAGAUAGCAGAAAGAAUUGGGGGGCUAGAGGAAGAGGAGGAUCAUUUGUGCUGUGAGAGUCUCCCAGCUGACCUGGGGGAGAUCAGUCAGGACUUCCAAGCCCAGAAAAACAAGACUGUCAGCUUUAGUGACCUGCCUCCAAGCCCUCAGAAAUUAGAGUGUCCUUGCUGUCAGCAUGAAGAAGAUGAUCCUGCUGUCCUAGCAGAGAACAUGGUAUUCCCCCUGGACAACAACCAAGAACCAGAGGAAACACACCUGUAUUCCAAAGAGGCAGUUCUGGGAAACACAUUGGAGGAGAUGGGGGAGCUGGGCACUUUAAGGAAACGCAACCUCCAGGGUCUGGAGUGAAUCAAGGCUGGAGGGUUAAUUGUAAGUGUGGAAGUUAGCCCACUCGGUGACCAGUAUAGCUUCCCAUCCUGUUAGACAGCAUCUCUCCCUCGGCGAGACCGGUCCGCUGUAGCUGAUAGCGCCUUCUUCCACUUUUGUUAACAUGCAAAAUAAUGCAGAAAUAGAUGUGAGGACAAGAGAUGUCAUAGCUACACUCUUCCUCUUCCAGCUUCUCCAAAUAGUCCGUGUAUUCAGUAAUCAUUACCUAUUAACAGUUCCCAGUUUGUCUGCCUCUGCCAGGACAGGAAGUCAGCCUGGAAGUACAGCCCGAUCCUUUUCUCUAAGAUAGUGGCCACAGAUGGCCUUCCUUUAGGGAAGCAGAAGUUGGUAAAUAGCCGGUUUUGAAGAGAAAAGCCCUAAGUUGCCCGGUUAUGUGAGUUUUGGUAUAGUGAGAAGACUGGCAGUUUCUUUCAAAGGAAAGAUUGGAUUCAUUUGCAGUGAUCAUAAGUGAAAUGGAGAAUGAAUCUGUGGCUUUUGCUGAGCAAAGGCAUUUCUGGGAGCAUACACAGAAUCUUAAAGUCCAUCCUAGUCCAAGCUCAAGCUAAGGAAGAAUCCCAUGUCCAACAUCCCUGACAAGGAGUCAUUUGACCUUUGCCUGAAUACCCCCAGUGAGGGACAAAAUGCUACCUUCUGGAACAGCCACUUAUACUUUGAGAGAGCUCUAAUUGUUUGGAAGUUUCCCUGGCAGCAAGUCUACAUUUUCCUCUCUGUUUCUCCAUCUUUCUCCCAAAUUUGCUCUCAGGGUCCAAACAGAAAAAGUCUAAUCUUUGUUCCAAAUAACAGCCCUCCAAAACCUUUCAGGCUCUCGUCCCCCGGGCCUGGCCUGGUCUGUCUCUCCUAUGUCUUCUUCAGGCUAAACGUCUCUCCUUCUUUCAUAGGUUCCUCAUGUGGCAUUAUCCCAGUCAAGUUCCUUCACCAUCCAAGUGCCCUCCUUCUCUCUCUCCAGCUUAUCCCUGUCCUGGCAGAGAAGCACAGGAUCCUCACCUCCUCAGCUCUAGCAGCUAGACUGCUCUUAACUUAGCCUCAGACAACAUUAGCUUUUUGGCCAUCAAACCACCUUGUUGACCCAUAACGGCAGUGCACCGAAACCCACAGUUAUUUUUAGAUGAAUUUCUUCUAAGUACAACACUCACCUUUUAUUUACAAAACUGAUUUUUAACCCAAUCAUAAGGCUUUACAUUUAUCAACAUUAAAUCUCUUCUUAUUAAACUGAUUCAGUCCAAUGUUCUGGCUUGUCAGUUUUGGAUUCUGACUCAUUCAUCCAACAUGUGGGCUGUCUCUCCUAGAUUAUUUGCAGAUCUGGUAAGCAUUCUAUAUUUAUACGUUUGUAUAAAUCAUUAAUAAAAAUAUUAAAUGACACUCCAGGCAAGACUUGGCUCCAAGCUGGCAUCAAACCAGUCAGUAAUAAACUAUUUCUGGGUCCACCCAUUCAGCCAAUUCCAGCUCCACCUUCUUUGGCCCCCAUUCUCCCAUCCUUUCCACAAGAAUAAGAUGCAAACUUUUGUCAAAUACUUAACAAAAAAUCUAGGUAAAUUAUAUCUAUAUCAUUUCCCAACCUACUAAUAUAGCAACGCUGACCAAAAAAAAGGGAAAUGAGAGUGACUUGAUAUAAUCUGUUUUCCAUGUAGCAUGCUCAUCACUAUCACUUUAGUGUUACAUUUUAGAACUUUUCCAGGAAAUCAAAUUUACUGGGCUACAGAUUGUGUAGCAUCACCUCUUCCUUUCUCUUCUUGUUGUUGUUAUGAAGUCAUUUUUCAGUUGUGCCCAAUUCUUUGACCCCAUUUGGGGUUUUCUUGGCCAAAAAUGCGAUUUCCUUCCCCAGUUCAUUUUAAAGAUGAGGCAGUGCUAAGUUAUGGCUAGUAAGUACUUGAGUCUGGAUUCGAACCCAGGAAGAAGAGUUUUCCUGACUCCAGGCUCAGCACUAGCCACUGCAUCACCUAGCUGCCCUGUACCUUUGUCGCCAAUCUUCCAAAGAUCUCUGAUAUCAUCUCAAUGGCCCUUUCUGCCAGUUCUUUUAUUUCUCUGGUACGUAUCUGAGCCAAGUGACAUGCUCUCUUCUCUGCUACUUAUUUGGGGUUUCAUUUCCCCAUUAGCCAUCUCUGUUCUUUCUUCUAUAGCCCCAAUAUUAUUCUUCUUGGCAAGCAAAUAAAGAAGCAAAGGAAGAUGGGAGCAGCUUCCCCAGAGAUAAUUCCUCUAGGAGAAGGUGAAGUUACCUCUGCUAAUAGGAAAAUGAACUCUGGAAAUUGUACAUGGAAGAUUUCUCAGCUUUUAAAAAAUAUUCUGCUUAUUUAAAAAUGAUUCUUCUCCAAGGUUGUCAGCCACCCUGGCCUUGCUAAGCACUUCUAAACCCAGAAACCCCUUUCUACUAUAGUGGUUGUCCCAUUCCACAUGUCAAUGGAGCUUCUGGUACAGGCCCUCCUAUUGCUCAUCCCAACAUCCCAUCCCUACAUGAAAAGGAGACCCUGAGGACAGAUGAUAAGGCCCAGGGAACCUAGAAAGAAAGAACAAGGUCUUUCCUAGAAGCUAUUUCUGAUAUUGUCCCUAUAGGGAAUGGCUAAGCCCAUGGAGAAAUGCUCAUAGAGUCUCAGAAUUGGAAGAGACCUUAGUGGCCCACAAGUUCUAGGUAUGUUAUAUGAGCAGGGAUGACCUCUACAGGAGUCAACAAAUUGUCAUUACCUGUGCUGUUUGAAGAUGUCCAGUGCUGGGAGCUCAUUAGUUCCUAAAGCAGCCCAUUCUACUCUGAUUACAAAGAGUAGUUUUGUUUUUACUUUUAUAAUGAUAGAUAAAGAUGAAAUCGGCUUCUGUGCAGUUUUUACCCAUUGCUUCUAGAACCAAGAACAAGCCUACAAGACUGGGGGAGCCAUCAUGAUUCCCACGCUCCAUCCCCCGCCACUCUAGCCAGCCUGAUCAUUCCCAGUUCUUUCAGCUGAUCUCAGGACAGCCCGGCUUUAAGCACUCUCCUCUUGCCGCUGACCCUUUCUGGUAAACAGUUCAGCUAGUCCAUACUUUUCUCAAGGCCAUACUUCAUCAGUGUAGUUGCUCCUCCACUGACCCAGAUUGCAGCCCCUUAGUACACUGUAACAUAGUUGAUGCCUUUGAGAGUUUCUGUGGCCAAAAAUCCUCAUUACCUUGAAGCCCACCUGGGUUAAGUCUCUGAGCUAAGCAAGGCUCACUCUUGGACAACAGCCCAUCACCAGCUCAGUAAUUAAAGCCUUUCCAUUUGAUGUGUGGCUCCCAGAGCUUGGACUUGGGGACCACUUUCAUACCCAGUAAAACAUUAGACUUUAGUGGAGGUGACUAGUCAAUAUCCCACCUAAAUAUGAUUACCAUCAUUGAAUUGCCUCUGUGUAGGAAGAAGAAGAUCAAUAAGGACAAUAACUUCUGCAGAGUGGAGAAAUGGUCUGAACUCAGCAGCUAUCCAGAGCUAGCUGUUAAAUUUGGGAUUCGAAAAGAUUUGAGGCAAGACCUGUUGGUUUUGUGUUCAGGGGAUUGGCAGGACCAAGAGGUGAGAUGAGUGGAGGACAACUGCAGAAAUUAGACAUUUUAACCACGUUUCAUAGAAUUAGGUGAUUCCAAAACUCGUCUUCUUGGGGGUAGACAGGAGAGGGCAGAACUCUAGCCCCUUCAGUUUCUUUUUGCUAGGAGCACUAAGGCUGUCAUUCAGAAGCCCUGAGAACCUCUGGAAGGUUGGUGGGAAUGUAAUUUCAUCUUUUUUGCUUCUUUUACUAUAUAAGCUCAAGGGCCUCAAAAACAUCUGGGAGUAGGGUCAGGGAGGCCACAUUGUGCACCACCAAUAUUCCGUCUCAACACUGAUUAAAACCUUGGGACCUGUUAAUUAUUCAUGCUGUCAGCUCAUUUCUCCUCUCACCAGUCCCAUUCUUCCAAAUGGCUAACAUGCUGCUCAGUCUUCCUUCCUACCUCUUACUUCCCUAGUCUUUGCCAGCCAGUAUCAGAUUACAAGCCCUCCUUCUUAUCCUACACUCCCUUCUGACCCAGAACAGCCCUGCCAUCGCUCCCUGGCUUUUCCACUCUAUUCCUCCCUUAUCCCCUGUUCUGUUCUAAACAAACCCUUCCUCCUCAAACCUUCCUUCUGCUCCCAUUGACGACUGAAACCCGAGCUGUGCUGAGGACACCCCAUCUCCCAGUCUUCCCUCACAAAGGCCUGUCUUGAUCUCACUAUCCCACAACCUCAGAAGGGUCAGGUUACUCUUGCUCCCUUUUGCGCCUUCCAGACCACACCUCUCUCACUAUAACUCAAGCUUUCCUCCAUCAAAGUUCACAUAUAUCCACUUGUUUGUCAUCUGCUGACCUCCAGGACACCCUCCCUCCUUCCCCAGUAACACUGACACCCAACGUCACUGAUUCGUCCUGCCAGUUCCUUCAUUAUUCAUGUACUCCGAUCUCACAGCUCUCCAAAGGCUUCACCUCCUAUGACUUCCAGUUCGACUCCCACUUUAUUCAGACUUCCAAGGCCAUACUUUACUAUCUUGGGGAACCCACCACCACCACACUGGGUUCCAGAUUCCCUUCUCUUCCUACCUUCCCCAAACCCUUACUCAUCGUGCUCUCCAGUUCCUCAACCACUCCAUCUUGUCCCAGUCUACAGCUCAUAUUAUGGUUUCACUUACCUCCCUCCUCAGUCUUAACUUAUUUCAGUGAUUCCCUGGAUCCACUAGAAUUACUUCCUUAAGCAAUCAUUUUUCCCACCCUCCUAAUUCUCAGCCCUAGGAAACAUUCUUUAAGCUAACUUUCCUACACCCAUUCCCAAGCUGUUGAGCACUGCUAGAGAAAAUGAAGCUACCAAAGGAGUGCAUCCAUUACAAAUUUAAGGUUCCAAUCCUUAGCUGCUCAGCAUCCUUUUAAUUAACUAUUUAGCUUCAUCAGCCCCUCCAAUGCCCCCCCCAUUUCUUCCUAAUUUUCUCAGGCUUUCUCAUACAAGAGCUCCCUUGAUGCUGUAGCCAAGAUUCACUGUCAUGUUGCCCACAAUUGUCAUAAACCUUUUCUUACUUCCCAUCCCACCCUCUCCCAUGAUGGCAGAUGACUUUGUCUUCCUUACUGUAUUAGUAAUUCAUGUACAUAUAUGUCCUCCCCUACCAGACUGUAAGCCCUGUGAGGGCAGGGGCUUUGUCCUAUCUCAACUUUGUUUCUCUCCUGCACUUAAUAAAAGUUGAAUUGACCUGGACUGGACCUUAA